AUGGCUAAUAUGAACAUUUCGCAAAAUGCAAUGAAUAGUAACGCUCCUGAGAUUGAGCUCUAUACGUGGAUAACUAAUUUAAAUAAUUCGGAAACUCGAGAAAAAGCUUUGCUUGAACUUAAAAUGCGAGAAAAUUUUCCUGAUUUUGCGCCUCUUUUGUGGCAUUCAUUCGGGGCAAUUUCUUCUCUUCUUCAGGAGAUUUGCGCUGUGUACCCUUAUAUCAACCCACCAAACUUGACAGCUCACCAGUCAAAUCGUGUUUGCAAUGCUCUGGCUCUACUUCAGUGCCUGGCCUCGCAUCCAGCUACACGCAGCGAAUUUCUUAAAGCGAAUAUUCCCCUUUACCUGUACAACUUCCUUAGCACCAACAACCGCACUAGACCUUUCGAGUACCUCAGACUCACCAGUCUUGGUGUAAUUGGGGCACUCGCAAAGACGGAUGAGCAAGAAGCAAUCAAUUUCCUUCUUAGUUCGGAGAUCAUCCCCUUGUGCCUGCAUAUAAUGGAGUCUGGAAGUGAACUAAGCAAAACGGUUGCCACUUUCAUAAUGCAAAAAUUGCUCCAAGACAACGUUGGUUUGGAGUACAUCUGUCAAACUUACGAGCGAUUUGCCCACGUUGCCGCUGUGCUCUCUACAAUGGUAGACCAGUUAGCUAAGGAACAGUCUCUUCGGCUUCUUAAGCAUGUCAUUCGAUGCUACCAGCGGCUCUCGGACAACAGCCGAGCUCGCGAUGCUUUGCGCACCUGUUUACCGGAGCACCUGCGCAACGGAACAUUUUCGCGCCUUAUCGAAAAGGAACCUACCACGAAACGUUGCCUCAACAUACUAGUGCAACAGCUGUCACUCCCCAAUCAGCCACAGUUACCAGCCUCCAGCACCGGAGCAGGUGGUGGGGGAACAGGAGGAGCUGCUGGUGUCGCUGCGGGGACUGGGGCAACCACGGCGGGCAUCGAAAUUUCAGGUAAUCGUGGAUCGGCUAGUAGUCCAGUCACCGGCGCAGGAGUCAACAAUAAUUCAACUAACUCAGACUCUACCACAGCCAACAGUAAUGGAAAAAGUGGCAACGGUGGGCCACAGAAAUCUCCCGAUGACGGACAAUAA